GUGCGGCAGUCGCAGCUGCAAGGAGGUUGGCGCCCUGUGGAGGAAAACUGAUUGAUUAAUUGAUUGAUUAGUUGGAGUAAGUUGCUUUACCAGGAGACUGAGUAAAGCACACAGCUUGAGCUUACCAAAAGAUGGCUCCACAACAACCCGUGUCUCUACCAAUCAUGGGGGAUCCUUCUAGAAGUCCCUCCUCCACGCGCGACUCAGUACACCAGUCGCAAGAGAAAGGGUCGUUGAGCAACAGCAGGGAUGCCGCUUUCUUCCAAUGGUUGCGUGAAGCUGGGACGCCAUUUUUAGAGAGGACUAGUAUCGCUGAAUUUCCGGCUACUGGACGUGGUUUGUGUGCUGAAACCGACCUCCAAAGUUUCGACCCUAUGGUAGCGAUCCCGAAAGCCUUGUUAUUGCGGACAGAUGAUAAUGAACAUCCGUUUAUGCAGGCUUACAAGGAGAUUACUACAUCAAGCAAGAGCGGCUGUAGCACCAUCAGCACAACAGAACUGUGGAAAAAAGUCGAAAUUGACAUAGUUUUGGUACUGCUUUUGCUCUUUGAGAAGUGUAUCGUCGGCGCGGAUUCUUUUUGGGCGCCUUACUUUGACGUGUUGCCGGAGUGGUAUAAUACGCCAGCGUCUGUGGUGUUUGGAGAGGAGGGAGAGAAAGACCAUGGCCGCGUGGAUGAAGCAACUACGAGUACUAUAGCAAUAUCUGCAAAACGCGCGUCAAGAAUACAACGUGAAUUGGAUUUGGUUAGGGGCAUUUGGACGACGUUUUUCAUGGCAGCUGCAUCACCCCCAGCACAAGAGCAAGGUCUUACUAGCUUUGAAUCUCAAAAUAAAUGCAGUGAGUCAAGUCUGUUUGCGCGUAUGGCGAGAAGGGCCUUGGAAAUACGAACCGACGAUAACAAGGUCGUGGAGACUAAAUUAAAAGACUACAACAACUACGCCACAAAAGACCGCCUCCAGCAAAUCCGCUUUGAAAGUGACUUCCUCUGGGCUCAGGGUACUGUGUGGACGCGCUCUUGUUUUCUGCGGGAGGCGAGGGAAUCAACGUUUGACGGGAAUAACAAGGUUUUGAGACAUAGCGCUCUAGUGCCUUAUGGUGAUAUGCUGAACUGCGAUCCGAGGUGUGGUAGUUCUUCCUCUGGCGGUGGUGACGAGACAGAUGAUGGUAGUGGCUGUACAACUGGUGUUGCUGGUCGUCCAUUUUCGAUUGCUACUGGUUCUAGUCGACGCACUCCAAAGCGAAGAACUAAGCCGAAGCCGAUGUGUGGAUUACAAACUUUGGAUGCGACUUUGGAGACUCUGGAUGACAAGGGCAAGCAACAUGUGAAGCAGCAUGAGGAGGACGAGCAGUAUUUCAUCUUCCGCGCCUCCCGCAACGUCAAGAAAGGUUCCGAAUGUUUCAUCACUUACGGCAACAAGACAAAUUUCAAGUACUUGCUGACCUAUGGCUUUUCUCCGCACACGACGUUUAAUCCUUACGACCUAGUCAAAUUACGGGCAGCUGACCUCGUGCACACGCCGUUUGCGGAUUCUAGAGCUCCGUUUCUGAAGCGCCUGUAUCUGGAGAAAACCAAAGCUUGUCCCACUACCCUCAGCGUGUUGCACUGCUACAAGCUGCUGGAUGGAUGGCAAGUGUUUUUGGGUAAUGUUGCUGGAACGGAGGAGAACGCCAAACGGACCUGUGGUCGUAUUGUAGAACAGGAUGAAGAUGUAAUAGCAGCACCGAAUUGUGAGGACCAAAAUCUAAGUAGAGCGACGAGUUUUCCUGACUCGUGUUCGACAAUCUCUUGCUCCUCUGCAGCGGGGUCGUGCUCCUCCUCAAAAGCUUCCUGCUCCUCGCCUUCAGUGCCGUCUUCGCCAGGCGACGAACAUAAUACUAGUCGUGCCAACAGUCCCGCCGUGGAGUCUUCUUCACCGGCUGUGGAGGUGACGCAAGUCGUCGAUUCUUCGGAGAUACCCUCAGAGGAGAAGGAUAAGCUCUUUUGGCCAGAGAUAUUUUCGUUCACACUUCUCGCUUUUUUGCGGUACAUAUCUACUCCAGGUAGUGAACCACGUCGAGAGGAUGAUCAGAGCAAUCAGCGAGGAGGAGUAAAUGGAACGAGAAGAGUGCGUAAUGCUAAGAUGAAUACUACUAGCUCUACUGAUAUCAAAGCCCCAUCCUCGUCGUAUCCUGGUAAGCCAAAGACUUCCUCGUUUACUGCUAGUAAAAGUAAAAAUCCUGUGGAUCCGUUCUUCGAGAUCUGUAAUAUAAUCGAGACCACGGAAACGGACCCUCUCAACGCCUCGAAUCCGGCGCAUUCAAGCUGGGCUAAGAGUGUCCUCCUUCUAUUGCGUGACCUGCUGGCUACAGAGUAUGCUAGCUGUGUUCUGUCUCGAAUGGCUACAUCGUCAACUACCUCUUCCAAGUCCUCUCAGAGUACAUCAAAUAGUACGGACCACUCAUCUUGUUCCACCACCGCUUUUCCGUCGUAUAUGAGCAAAGAAGUGUCUAUGUACGUCCAAAGUCAGGGUUGUCAGGAUUUACUUUCUAGCGAAAGAAAUAAGCUUCUUCAGCUGGUACACUCGUUACAGCAGAUUGCUAGUAGUUCCUAAUAUAUAACUUCAUAGAAUUAAUAGAAAUAACGACGGGGGAAAAGCCAUUCUGUAUUUGGAGCAAGACCGCACUUACAUGUAGCAAAAUAUCCAAUAUGCGUGUUCAAGAACACAUCCGUUGAAUGGAUUGAUCGGAUGCUAGGAUCUAGAAGUACUGUGGAAUCUAAAUGUUUC